UGGGAUAACCGCGUGGCUGCAUCAGGCGCCAGCUGUGCGCGCGGUCUAGUCAUUCGAGGCGAAACCGCCGACAGUAGCGGUGGUGUGCUCUGCAGCUCACUCUCUCUCCCUCUUUCUGGCGAACUUUGCAGUCAGUCGCUCGGUUGCUCGGACUGCGCUCGGUUCUUUGGCUGUUGGGCGGAUUUUUUUCAAAGUCCAGUGUGCCGCGAAAGGUAUUUUACUCCGAAGAGCGAGUCCUGGGCUUUUUUUGAAGUUUCAUCGACGCGCCAGUGAUAUAGGCUGCUCGGAUUACUCUCGACAUGGCGAUCGGCAGGAUAAGUGCGCUUCUCAUCCUCGUGGUCUUUGCUGCGGUCUGUCUCGUACAGAAGAGCGAAGCUCGAGCCCACCUGCGCCACCAUCGCGGCGACUCUCACUGCUCGCGCUGCGGCCCAGGCUGGGGUAUGGUGGAGCGUUGCGGCCGAGGUCGGGACACCGUGUGCGCCGAGUGUCAACCUGGCACCUACUCUCCCCAUCACGGCACACAGCCCUGUUGGAUCUGCUCUCGCUGUGGACCAGGACUGUACGAGGCUCGUCGCUGCAGCGCCUCGACCGACACCGUCUGCGACUCCUGCCACAGACGCGCUCCCGACAACCCGGACUACCUGCGCAAGUGCGGCCAGGAGCCCAGUGUGUUCCUGGCUCCCGAAGAUGCUCGAAGCACCGGAGAACAGAGCGACCUGGUUAACGAGGAUCCGGUCGCCGAUAGCGAGGAGAGGGAACGAGUUCUCUGGCAGGACGCUCAGGCGCAGAUGGGCGACGACGAGGCGCAGAAUAACGACGUUCGGCUCCAGGACUGAAGCGCUGAGAUGAUACUGAAUUAUUAUUAUUAUUACCGGCGAGCUUAUUGAGAGCAUCGUUGUAAGAAGUGUAUAUAUGAUAUGUUUCUUGGGUGUGUAUUAUAUACUCCGUCGCUGAUGGUACAGAGCGGCGUACGUUCUGUUCGUUCUUUUUGUUUGGAGAUCGGAUAUGCCGAAAUAUUAUAUGAGAGACUUUCUUCCAUAUUCUUAUGUGCCCGACGAUACGCUUACGACUUGGAAUUGUUUCUUAUGGUAAUGUUCUCUUGCUCUGAAAUAAAUAAAAAUAAAAUAAAAACUACGUACUAGUCAACCCAACAGAAGAAAGAGCGAUGACAAAUGUAAAGAGAGAAGAAAACAAGGUAUGAUGGAAGCAGAUUUCAGUGAGAAAAAGACUUCAUCGUGUGAACGGCAAUGUACAUAGUCGUUUUUAUUGAAACGAUCAAUCAUACAGUAUUGUAUAGACUCGUCGUCGUCGUCGUCGCUGCGGAGAAAUGAGAGCUACAGACCGCAAGCGUGCAAUGACGCAAUAUCUCGUUACACACAUGUGCGCGCGCGCGUCUGUAAAUCUAUAUCGUAUAAUAAUAUGUAUAAUAUAAUUUCAACUCUAUAUGUAUACGUGUGGGCAUUUAUCCCUUUGACUUUUGUUCUUCCUCGCGCGGAGCCGACCAACCAGAGUCGAGUUAUUUAUGUGUCUGCGGAGGAACCGUAUAAUUGCUGGCCGCGUGGACCCAGCUCCUCCGAUACUCAGACUCGUUGACCUUUUUAUCAUGUUUAUUAAGUAUUUCUUUUUUAUUUUCGUCAUUUAUUUCACGAUUGUACGGCUCCGCGCGCGUCGACGCAGUAUAAUAUAAAGGGCCAAACAAUGUGUGAGCGAUUCUCUAACGGGUUUAAAGAACCUCUAUUAUCACGCCGCUCGAAAAAUCAAACCAAUUGUACAGAGAAAUAACGUCGUUAUUUAUGUAUCUCUUAAGUAAUUUAUCUAUAUGCAUGUAUAUUUUUAUAUAUUCUAUAUUCUAUAUAUUUUUUCAUAACUCAUACACAUACUUCUGUAAUACCCAAAGAUCAUCGUCAUCACUUACGUGUUAUCCUAUAUCAUAAUGUCUGUGUAUUCGCGAGAUGAUUUUAGUUUUACGUUCACUGACUCUAUAAUAUGUCUGAUGCAACCAUACGGUCACACAACGUCUACGUUUGCAAAAAUCGUUCAAAGUUAUUUUUAAGAAACUUUUGUAUCGGGACAAGCCAGUGUAUAAGCAACGCAUAACGUCUCUGUUUAAUAAAUGUCUUCUUCGAUUUCGGAAUAAUUUUUCAAUGUAUUAUAAAAAUGAAAAUUAGCGAAGCGUACGUUAGGUAAACGAUGUAUUCAAGAGCCAAUAAACUGAACAAAAAAAUUAAAAUUCGUCAACGUCGAAUUGAUUUUUACAUCCUAAACCCUAGCUAGCUUUUUCAAAGUCACUGCGCAAGUGGCAAUCUGCGUUAAGUUAAUGGACGAUGUAUCUGUAUGGAUUUCACUGUUAAUUCGGAGAAAUGGACGCGAAAUAUACGAAACAACCUUUUAACUAGUGCGAAACCAACGUGAAUGGCCUAUAUUACGUUAUAAAUCCGAUCAACUCUGAUAUACUCAACGCACAAAUCAUAUUAAUAAAUAAAGUUUCGUCGUGGUUCAACAUUUUCACAAACUACCGAUUAUUCAUACUUAUUAUUGUUCUUUUAAUUUGCAGUAAUAAUAGAGAACUGCGGUAAAACGGAAAUUGCGAAUUUCGCGAAAUCCAUGAGUGCGAUUGACAUAUAGAUCACGAAGUUCAUCAGUGCAGACUAAAGACGUUCGAACAUAAAUCCAUGGCGAACGAAUACGUGAGCUACGUAUUGAAUUUUCUUCGUGUUUUCUAUAUAUUUUUAAGAAUAAUUCAGUUUCGCUUAGACGAAGAUUGACCUAAACCGAUGUUCGAGACAAUGUAUUUAUAGCAUAUAGACGUUUCUUAUUGUAGAGAGUCAAUUGCUUUAGAUUUUGACAUUCCUUGACUCGAACCAAUAUCGAAAGAUUCGGCUUUAAAGGAUAUUUGACACGUGGUUCGAAAAAUCAGGUCAAAUUAUUUUUACAGUCGUAUGGAAACUAAGUGCACGUCAGCUACGCUCAAGUGAUGUCGGUAACUGAAACAAUUAUCUUUCGCAGUCCUCGCUCUUUCGCAUAGGUAUACACACGUAUAUAGAGAAUCAAGCUUUAUAUAGACGUUUCAAAUCACGCACAACAAUGCAGUUGACAUUGUGUAGAGACAGCUGAAGAGAAGAGCGCACAGAUAGACAGAGAAUUGCAAAGACGUGUACAAUAAUAGCGCUUUGAAAAAUAUAGCGAGUUAUAUAGUCUUAUUAUGUCGUAUAUAGGUUUUAAACUUUCAUGUUCUUCAUAUACAUAAUGAUUCAUUCAGCGCGGUAUUACUAUAUAUAAUGAGUGUAACGUGUAAAUGCAACUCACACAAAACUCGUUCUAUUAUUGUGUAUAUAAUCCGAUUUAACAUGCCAUGAUACAUGACAUUAAAGAGCCCGUGUGAAUAUGAA